AUGAAAGAAUACGAUAAAAAAACGGCAGCAGCCACGUUGGGAAAAACAUUUAGAGCAAUAACAUUCGAUCUGGAAGCUAUUCUACCCGUUCCGUUUGCUGGUGAUUCUCAGAUAUAUUACAAGAGCCAUCUAAAUGUUUACAAUUUUACAAUUUAUGAUGGAUCUACUAGAGACGGUUAUUGCUAUGUCUGGGAUGAAACUUAUGGUAGCAAAGGUAGUUCUGAGAUUGGGUCAUGUCUGCUUAAAUAUCUACUAGACCUACCCAAAACUGUAAGCCACGUAGCUUCCUUUUCUGACACAUGCGGAGGUCAAAACAGAAUUUCUGAUAAAAAGAAGGAAGACCUUGUUUAUUUACUCAAUAAAAAAAUUAUUCCCGAAGAAUACAGAGAUUUCAUUAAUAGUCUUCCAUCGACAUCGGAUUCAACGCAGUUAGCAGUACACAAGGAGAUAGACUAA